CCUGAAAUCUUCAACAAGUUUGGGAUUCCAACUGUUGGGUUCUUCACAUCUGGAGCUUGCUCUGCGGCCAUGGAGUAUGCCAUGUGGAAGAACUACCCUGAAGAUCUGAAACCUGGAGAGAUUCGGCUGCUUCCUGGAUUACCGGAAGACAUGGCUCUCACGGACCUAGACCUUAAAGGAAGACCUCAUGGACCUCCUGCUCCUUCUCCAGGCGGAAUUGGUGGUGCACCAGUGGUUCCACCUGGCCCACCCGGUGGUUUUCCAAGACCUCCCGGUGGUAUUGGACCACGGGAUUUCGGUCCGCCCAUGGCUGGAGAUCAACCACCAUGGUUAGAGGAAACUAAGGGAUCGAUUGCGUUGAUGAUCAAUACCUGUAAUCUACUCGAGCAACCUUUCAUCGAGUACCUAUCUACUCAAAUCGGAAAACCGGUUUGGGGUGUAGGUCCGCUGUUGCCCGAUCAGUACUGGAAAUCAUCCGGCCUUCAUGAUCACCAAUUCCGAGCCAACCGGCGGUCCAGUGUCACUGAAGACGAGGUAAUGACAUGGUUAAAUUCAAAACCACGUGGAUCAGUACUAUACGUGUCGUUCGGCAGUGAAGUGGGUCCAACAAUUGAAGAAUAUCAACAUCUAGCUAAUGCAUUAGAAGAAUCAAACCGAUCAUUUAUCUGGGUAAUCCAACUCGGUUCAGGCGGACACGGUCCACCCAGACCGGCGGGUCAAGCAGAAACUGAAGAAGGCUAUUUUCCUCAUGGGUUGAAGGAAAGAGUUGGGGAGAGAGGUUUGAUAAUACACGGAUGGGCACCACAGUUGUUGAUACUGAAUCAUCCAUCAACGGGUGGGUUUUUAUCACACUGCGGAUGGAAUUCAACCGCAGAAGCAAUUGGUUUGGGGAUGCCGAUUUUGGCAUGGCCGAUAAGAGGAGACCAAUUCUUUAAUGCAAAAUUGAUAGUGAAACAUUUGAAACUUGGGUAUAUGAUUUGUGAUGAUAUGUCGACAAGGGUUAAAAAGGAUGCAAUAAUCAAAGGAAUGGAGAAGCUGUUGGGAGAUGAAGAUGUCAAGCAACGGGCAGCAUUGCUUGGUGCUCAAUUUCGCAAUGGGUUUCCACCGAGUUCACUUGAUGCUUUGGAUGCCUUCAGGGAUUUUAUUAACCAUAACAAAACCUAAGUUUCAUUUUCUGCAUCUUCUAUCUUCUCUCUUUUGCAAGAUGAAAUGGGGAGGCUUGCGUUGUGCACACUGGCUGCUCCAAGUUUACAUGCUUCAUGCCUAGAUAAGCUUUUUUUCCUUUUUGUUAUAAAAAUAGCUUCUUUAAAAAAAUUAGCUGCUGCAGAUUUCAUGGGUGUAGCUCUCAUGGACAUUUUCUCUUUUGCUGCUACUUAUUGCCUCCUUGAGUUUGGGAUUCUCAAAUAUUUUUUAGUUGCUGUUUGGAAAUUCUUUGCCGAGAAAUUCCAGCAUUUUUCUUGAAGUAGCAACAGAUUAUUGCAAAUAUCUCUUAUUUCACAACCUUUAAACAACAUUAGUUCGUCAA